CACUAGAUACCGCCCUAUCUCAAAUACAUCUAGGACUAGAGCCCUAUCGCUAUUGCAUCUCGGACUUGACAACUUAGCGGCUUCCGGUUCCGCCCACGGAUUUUACUCUCUGGAUUGCACUCCUUUGGUCGUACAUUAAAUAAUUGUAAAUUGUAACAAAGUCAAAUAAAACCCGUAUUGAUAUACAAGGAGUUUACUGUUACCUCGUACACAUACACAACAGCUGGCGACGAGGACCGAAACGAAUCUACGGAAAGUGAAAUACCUUGUGCGUGUACUUCAAGUGGAUGAAUAACCUCCAAAAUGUGCCCAAACUCAUGUCCUUACACCUAAACUCCCAUCUUUCCAGGGGCCUCCUAUUACCUGUGUUGAUAGCCCGCUACACAACAUCCUGUUUUCCUUUCCAAACAAAUUGCUACAAUGGAGGGACAACUGGCACACGUACUCACCAAAAUGCUGGAAACAAUGGCGCGCAUGCAGGAGCAACAACAAAAUAAUUCCGUAAGUGGAAUAUCAUUGCAACCUUACGACGAAAUUAACGAAUCAUUCGAUUCAUAUCUACAAAGGCUGGAGAACUAUAUCAAUUUGAAAGGCGUGACAAAUGCCACUACAAAGGCACACAUCUUCUUAAAUUGUAUUGGCCCUAAAUACUAUCAGGUGCUUAAAAAUAUUACAUCUCCGAGUACACCGGAAGGCAAGGACUACAAUGAGCUUGUCAAAAUACUACGAAAUCAUAUUGCACCUGAACCAGGUGAAGUGGCUUUACAACACAAAUUCUGCUUGAGAUCACAGCAUGAGUAUGAGUCUAUUGCUAAUUAUGUAGCAGGGCUAAGAGAAAUUGGGGGAAAGUGCAACUUUGUGUGUAAUGGAUGCCAGAACAGCACCUUCGAUACCCACUUGCGAGUUCAGUUCAUCCGGGGCCUGCGCAGUGCUGAAAUAAAGGAGAGAUUACUUCAAGAACCACCUACAACAAAAGUGGAAGACCUCAUAAGAAUCGCAAUGGCUAUCGAGACCUCAAAAUCUGAAACUAAAGAAAUGGAUAAUGCAAAUACAAACAUAAAUAAAAUUACAUUACAUAAGAACAAGAAAAAUACAUACAAUACGAAUACAUACAAUACAAAUAACAAGAAUAAUGCUAAAACAAAUAUUAACAGCGCUAGUCAAGAAAGAAAAACUAUUAAGUGCUUUAGGUGUGGAAAAGAUAACCAUAAAGCAAGUAACUGCCGGAUUGCGAACAAACUAUAUUGUCAAAUUUGCAAUAAAAAAGGACACCUCCAAUCAGUUUGCUUCAAAGAUCAGAAACAACUGGAAGUUGAAGGCAUGUCUAAUACAGUAGAAGAGAGUGAUGAGGAAAUAUUUGAAAUACAUAAAAUACCUAUGGAAAACAAUAUUACACAAAACGACAAGUUCAAUAUCACAUUACAAAUCAAUGGAAAAGCACAUACCUGGGAACUGGACACUGGCGCAGCAGUUACAACCUGCUCCUCUACAUACUUAAUCAGGCAUUUCAAAGAUAUUAAGCUACAAGAAACUUCAAUAAAAUUGAAAACAUAUACUGGAGAAACAAUACAACCGAUGGGAACCUGCAACUUAAAUAUCAAAUAUAAAAAUAAAGAAAUAGAAGGAAGAGUAUUUGUGAUCGAUAGAGAAGUAGACCCGGUGGUCGGAAGGGAAUGGAUAAGAAAACUAAAAAUUCAAUUUGAAGUAAAUUCAAUAAAUAAAGAAGGAAACGAUAUCACGGAAAAAGAAUUUGGUGAAAGAUUACAGAUGUUAUUGCAUGAAUAUGCAGAGUUGUUUUCUGAAGACAUCGGAGAAAUAAAUGAUUAUGAAGCUACCUUUAAAUUGAAGGAAGGAACAUCACCCAUAUUUUUGAAACCACGACCAGUACCAUUAGCUCUCAAAGAUCAAGUGGAAGCAGAGAUUGAUAGGUUAGAAAAGGCAAAAAUUCUGGAAAAAGUUAACUACUCAAAAUGGGGUACUCCAGUAGUUCCGGUAAUGAAACAAAAUGGGAAGGUACGAUUAUGUGCAGACUACAGAGCAACUCUAAAUAAAAGCCUAGAAAGUGAUAACUACCCAAUACCGAGAAUAGAGGAAAUAUUUGCGAAAUUGAGUGGAGGAAAAUAUUUUUGCACACUUGACAUAAACCAGGCGUACUUGCACAUGAAAACCAAUGAGGAAACAGCAGAAAUGCAAGCCAUAAGUACGUCCAAAGGUACAUAUAAAGUCAAAAGACUAAUGUUUGGAGUGAAAAUUGCACCCAAUAUUUGGCAAAGAUACAUGGAUCAAACUCUUCAAGGAAUGGAAGGUACAGCAUGUUUUUUUGAUGACAUUGCCCUACAAGGAGCUACAUACAUACAAUUACUACAAAGAAUUAGAAGAGUAUUCCAGAAAUUACAACAAUGCGGACUACACUUAAAUAGGAAGAAAUGUCAAUUCAUGCAAAAGUCGGUAAACUACCUCGGACACGUUAUAGAUGAAAAAGGCCUACACCCGACACAGGAAAAAGUAAAUGAUAUCAAGAAUAGCCCGUGCCCAACAGAUACAUCAUCUCUUCGCACAUUUCUGGGUAUGAUAAAUUAUUACCAACAAUUCAUACCAAACCUAGCUUCAAAGCUCAAUCCACUAUAUAAACUAUUACAUAAAGACACGAAGUUUGUGUGGACAAAGGAAUGCAACAGGAUUUUUCAAGAACUCAAAGAGGAGCUAUGUGGAGAAAAAGUGCUGAUACCAUAUCAUGUAAAUCUGCCAGUAACCCUGGCCACUGACGCAUCACCAAUGGGAUUUGGAGCUGUACUAUCGCAUAUCAUGCCAGACAAAACGGAGCGACCAAUAGCUUUUGCAUCAAGAUCCCUAACUAAAGCGGAAGAAGGCUACAGCCAACUAGAUAAAGAAGCAGCAGCACUUAUUUGGGGAUUGAAGAAAUUCUUCCAAUUCUGCUAUUGAAGGAAAAGUUACUCUGAUCAUCGAUAACCAACCACUUGCUAGAAUUUUACACCCAGAAAAAGUGACACCUGCAACUACAGCGAUAAGAUUAGUACACUAUGCAAACUUUUUGGCAGGAUUUGAUUAUACAAUAAAGCUAAGGAAAACAACAGAACAUGCAAACGCAGACUAUUUUUCAAGAUUGCAACAGAAUAAUAAUAAUAAAGUAGCAGAAAGUAAACUGACAGAUGAUGAUGCAUUCUACCUGAACCAAAUUACAGAAAUGCCCAUUACAUUACAAGAAAUAAAAAGAGCUACAGCGAGAGACCAGCAACUUCAAAAACUAUACAUGGACAUACAAUCAGGAAUACAUGACCCUAAGAGACUACAUGAAUUCUCUUUACAACAUAACUGCAUUUUUUAUGGGAUAAGGAUUGUUAUACCAAAAGAAUUACAACCAAAAAUAUUAGAGGAACUACAUACAGCU